AUGGUGAGAAUAGCCCAAUGGGUGUCGGCGGCACUCGUCUUGGGCGCCUCAGCCACCGAUGAGGCCUCGUCGGUGCUCACCACAGAGAUUGGCCGUCAAAACAACCAGAGUCUCUUCUGGGGCCCUUACAAGUCCAACCUCUACUUUGGCGUGCGACCCAGGACGCCAGAUGCGUUGUGGACGGGCCUCAUGUGGGGGAAGGUUGACGACUUUAGGGAUAUUCAGAACGGAUUCCGGUAUACCUGUGAGCAAGGGGAGGAUAUUCAUGGCUACGGGUGGGAUGAGUAUGAUGCUCGCAUUGGAGGCGUGCAGUCUAUUCAUGAUGAGGGCAACAAGAUUGAUCUCACCACAACCUUUGUCAAGAUCCCGGGUGGUAACCACGGAGGCAGCUGGGCUGCUAGGAUCAAGGGCGAGUUGAGGGCUGAUGCUCCCAAGAACACCAAGACCAUGCUAUUCUACUACAUUGCCCAGGACGGAGAGGGCGAGCUCGAGGCCGAGGGCGAGGGUGACGAGUUUGGAUUUGACGGAGACGUCAACUUCAAGGGCAACUCCAAGACGCUAGGUGACUACAAGCUCCUGGUCACAAAGGGCAAGGGAAAGCACCCUAAGAAAGGCCACAAGCUACUUGAGGACAGACACGGAGACACGACUCUCGUCAUGAGCUCUGAUGCCACCCCUGAGAUUAGCUGGCAGGGCAAGGCGGUUGUGUUCAAGCACCUCCAAGACGCCGUCAAACCUGUCCAGGAGAACGCGGACCAGGCUGAUCCUCCUCCCCCAUGGCAAGUCUACCGUAUCGAGCACAAGCCAGGCAAGGGCAACGUGCAGAUUGUCCAAAAGACGUUUGAGGGUCCUUUUGAGUUCGACGUCAUUUUUUCAUCCGGCUCUUCUGGGGAGGAGUACACCUCUGCCGACGUCACCGAGCAGAUCACAAAGGUCUCCGAGACCUUCAAGGAGCGAUUCGCGAGGACCUUUGAGCUCAAGGCGCCCUUCAAGAGUGAAAAGUACCGCAAGUUUGGCAAAAGCAUGUUCUCCAACCUCGUUGGCGGUAUUGGAUACUUCCACGGCCACCAGAUCAUCGACCGAUCCUAUGCGUCUGAAUACGAGGAGGAGAAUGAAGGAUUCUGGGAGGAGGCUGCCGAGGCCAUGGCGCGUAAGAAGCAGGACCUCGAAGGCCCAUACGAGCUCUUCACCAGCGUCCCAUCUCGCCCAUUCUUCCCCCGCGGCUUCCUAUGGGACGAGGGUUUCCAUCUCAUCCCAAUCGCCGACUGGGAUAUAGAUCUCACCCUUGAGAUUGUCAAGAGCUGGUACAACACCAUGGACGACGACGGCUGGAUCGCUCGUGAGCAGAUCCUUGGACACGAGGCCCGUAGCAAGGUCCCGGCUGAGUUCCAGGUCCAGUAUCCCCACUAUGCCAACCCUCCGACGCUGUUCCUCAUCAUUGAGGGCUUCAUGGAGCGCCUUCGCGCGGCCAAUGGCACUCAGCCUGCCGAGAAGGAGCAGAUUACUACUGCCGACCCCCUGCAGACGGCCCAUCUCGACAACCUUGAGAUUGGUGAGAGCUACCUGCGAAAGUUGUAUCCUCUCCUCCGACGCCAGUAUGACUGGUUCCGCAAGACGCAGCGCGGUGAUAUCAAAAGCUACGACCGUGAGGCGUACUCAACCAAGGAGGCAUACCGUUGGAGGGGCCGCACCGAGGCACACAUCCUUACCAGCGGCCUGGAUGACUACCCGCGGGCCCAGCCUCCUCACCCGGGCGAGCUCCAUGUCGAUCUCAUGUCCUGGGUCGGCCUCAUGACAAAGUCCUUGAUGAGCAUUGCCGACGCCCUCGGCAUGGCUGAGGAUGUGGACGAGUACAGGAAGAACCUGGUAGCCAUUGAGCACAACCUCAAUGAUCUUCACUGGUCUGAAGAGCAGGGCUGCUAUUGCGAUGCGACGAUCGACGAAUACGAGGAGCACACCCUCGUAUGCCACAAGGGAUACAUUUCCCUGUUCCCCUUCCUCGUCGGCUUGAUGAAGCCGGACGACCCCAAGCUCGGCAAGAUACUAGAUCUUAUUGGUGAUGAGGAGCACCUCUUCAGCCCCCACGGAAUCCGCAGUCUGAGCAAGCAGGACGAGCUCUACGGCACCAAGGAGAACUACUGGCGCAGCCCCGUGUGGAUGCCCAUCAACUAUCUCGCCGUGUCUCAGCUACGCAACGUUGCCACGCAGGAAGGGCCCUACAGGGCCAAGGCCAAGGAUCUCUUCUCGCGGCUGCGUAAGAACCUUGUCGACACGGUGUACAAGAGCUGGGAGGAGACGGGCUUCGCGUGGGAGCAGUACAACCCGGACACGGGGGCCGGGCAGCGGACGCAGCAUUUCACCGGAUGGACCAGCCUAGUGGUCAAGAUCAUGGCUAUGGAGGACCCCAGUGACGAGGGAGCCGCCCCUGUGAGGGACGAGCUGUGA